AUGGAGUUCGGAGAGAAUAACCCCCCAAACCCGCGGCCGCCAGUUUCCUCCGGCGUCCAGCACGAGGCGGCGCCGGCGUUCGCCGUGCCCUUAUCCAUGGCGUCCCCGUUUCCCGAGCUGCCGCCCUUCUCAGGGUUUGGGCCGUUCGAGCUCCAAUCGGAACCCUAUCUUGAACAGGCGGCGGGGGAAAAUUUAUCCGGCGUGCCGCAGCCGCUGGAGGCGCUGUACGGAACUCCGGUGCCGCCUUUCCUCUCCAAGACGUUUGAUUUGGUCGAGGACCCGUCGCUGGACGCCGUGAUCUCGUGGGGGUCAAAAGGAGAGAGCUUUGUGGUGUGGGACCCACUCGAGUUCGCUAGGACCGUGCUGCCGAGGAAUUUCAAGCACAACAAUUUCUCGAGUUUUGUCCGACAGCUCAAUACAUAUGGAUUUCGUAAAGUCGAUACAGACAAAUGGGAGUUUGCAAACGAAGGAUUUAGAAAGGGGCAGAAGCAAAUGCUGAAACACAUCCAAAGGCGUAAAUCACAUCACUCUAUGAGUUCCUCAUCCGGUGGAUCCUCUCUUGAUCCAAACAAAGCUGCUGCUGUGGAGGCCGAAAUCGAGCAUCUGAGGAAAGAGAGAAGUUUAAUGAUGCAAGAAGUGUUCGAGCUACAGCAUCAGCAAAGAGGGACCAUGCAGCACAUGGGAAUUGUAAACGAGAAGAUCCAUUCGGCCGAGAGAAGACAAAAGCAGAUGGUCUCGUUUAUGGGGAAAAUAUUCCAAAACCCUGCCUUUUUAUCCCAUACAAAGGAGCAAAAAAACAUCACCUCGCCUAGGACAGCAAGAAAAUUCAUUAAACAUCAACCCCACGAAAGAGGCUCAUCCGAGUCUUCCCCGAAAGGACAAUUCGUCAAAUACCCAUUAUUGGAAAUGGGAGAAAGUCCGGUUCUUGGUACUGAUUCUACUGAUAAUGUACCUUUUCAGGUUGAAGAUGAUGUAAAAGAUGAGCUUUUGAUGAUGGAUGAGAUUCUUGGUGCACCCGAGCAAGCUGGAAUGGAUCUGGGCCGAGGAACAGUGGACCUUAAUUAUAAAGGAAAGGGCGUUAUGGGCCCAACACACCCACAGGCCCAACAAGGACCAGAUUAUUUCAUCUCAUAUCCCGAGGAUAUGGGGAAGGAGAAGAUUUUUCCUGAGAUGGGAGUAUCGGGAAGUGAGAGUGUGGGCAUUGAUGAGGGUAUUUGGGGCGGCAUGGGUUUCGAGUCCGGUUUAUGGGGUAAUCCUGGUGAUUAUAAUAUGCAUGAAUUAGGGCGUAUGUCGGAUAUUUGGGAACUAGGGUCAAUGCAGAAGCCUGAUGAGAGUUCGGGUAUGGAGAAGUGGCCGGAUGAAGACUCCCCUUUUAACGAGUUAGAUAAAAAAGAGAACCAAGAGUAG